AUGUUUCAGACAUUUAAAGAAUGGUUUUGGUUGGAAAGAUUCUGGCUUCCUCCGACAAUAAAAUGGUCAGAUCUUGAAGAUCACGAUGGACUCAUCUUUGUGAAGCCCUCUCAUUUAUAUAUGACCAUUCCAUAUGCUUUUGUCUUGAUAAUUAUCAGACAUUUUUUUCAAAAGUUUAUUGCUUCACCUCUAGCAAAAACAUUUGGCAUUAAAGAGGAAGUUCAAAAGAAGAUUAUACCAAAUGCUGUUUUAGAGAAUUUUUUCAAACAUUCCACAAGGAAACCAUCUCAAACUGAUAUUUAUGGACUGGCAAAGAAGUGUAACUUGACAGAGCGCCAGGUUGAAAGAUGGUUUAGGAGUCGGCAGAAUCAAGAUAGGCCUUGCAAGAUGAAGAAAUUCCAGGAAUCUUGCUGGCGAUUUACAUUUUACCUAAUUAUUACCAUUGCUGGAAUUGCAUUUCUUUAUGAUAAACCUUGGGUCUAUGACCUGUGGGAAGUUUGGAAUGGCUAUCCCAGACAGCCCUUGCUGCCAUCCCAAUACUGGUACUACAUUUUGGAGAUGAGUUUUUAUUGGUCUCUCUUAUUUAGCCUUGGCUCUGAUAUCAAGAGGAAGGAUUUUCUAGCGACUGUCAUCCACCACCUGGCUGCUGUCAGUUUGAUGAGCUUCUCUUGGUGUGCUAAUUAUAUUCGCAGUGGGACCCUCGUGAUGAUUGUACAUGAUGUGGCCGAUAUUUGGCUAGAGUCUGCUAAGAUGUUUUCUUAUGCCGGAUGGAAGCAAACCUGUAACGCCCUGUUUUUCAUCUUCUCCGCCGUGUUUUUGAUCAGUCGCCUCAUUAUUUUUCCCUUCUGGAUUUUAUAUUGCACGCUGAUUCUGCCUCUGCACUACCUUCAACCUUUCUUUUCAUACAUCUUCCUCAACCUGCAGCUCAUGGUCCUGCAAGUUCUUAAUCUUUACUGGAGUUACUUAAUCCUGAAGAUGCUCAAAAGAAGUAUAUUCACGAAGAGCAUCCGGGAUGUGAGAAGUGAUACUGAGAGUGAGCAUGAAGAGGAGGAAGAGGAGAAGGAAGAAGCCACGGAAGGCAAAGAGACAGACCGUUUGAAGAACAGCCUUGGGGCCAGCAGGCACCUCAUCCCCAAUGGUCAGCAUGGCCGUUAG